AUGUCUUCGAUCGCUGCUAUGGCUACUCGCCGGGCUCUGGCCCGCCAGCCCAUCCUCCGCGCUCCUCCCCGCCGCUUCGCCUCUAAGGUUUCAGAGGCCAGCCUCGACAAGGCCCCCAAGCGGGAUCCUGAGCUCUAUGUUCUGCUCGGCGUUAUGUCCGGUGCUUUCCUGCUUGCUGGCUGGUACUUCGGCAGCAAGCCCACCUCCGUCACCUCCGAGAGCAACGUUCGCAUUGGCGAGUCUGCUAUGCCCUGGGAUGCCGAGUCUCACGAUGGAAAGGUCUACAAGUACCGCUACCACCCCCACGGUGACAAGAACCAGCCUCUCCAGGCUGCUCCCAGUGCCAUGAACACUGUCAUUGUUCCCAACGUGGCCCUGCCCGCUGAUCUUCACGAGAAGUUCAACAAGUACGGCAAGGAGGAGUGGGACUACUAA